GGGGCGGGGCCGGGCGCGCGGCGGCUGCGCGCGGCGCGGCGGCGUCUCCUCAAUGGGGCCGCGCGCGCGGCGCCAGAAACUGGAUGGCUUCUACAGUGAGCCUGGGCAAGGAAUCAUUAUUGGAAGAUGGAAUGCCACCUGCAAAAAAGCCCAGGAAGCUGUUGCCCAGCCUCAAAACCAAGAAGCCUCGGGAACUUGUUUUGGUGAUUGGGACAGGAAUUAGUGCUGCAGUUGCUCCCCAAGUCCCAGCGCUGAAGUCUUGGAAGGGGCUCAUUCAGGCCCUCCUGGAUGCUGCUAUUGACUUUGAUCUCCUGGAAGAUGAAGAGAGCAAACGGUUCCAGAAGUGUCUUCACGAAGACAAGAACCUGGUCCAUGUUGCCCACGACCUUAUUCAGAAGCUGUCUCCGCGCACAAGCAACGUUCGCUCAACCUUUUUCAAGGACUGUUUAUAUGAGGUGUUUGAUGACCUGGAAUCCAAAAUGGAAGAUUCUGGAAAGCAGCUGCUUCAGUCUGUGCUUCACUUGAUGGAAAACGGGGCUCUUGUGUUAACCACAAACUUUGAUAACCUGCUGGAGCUGUAUGCAGCACACCAGGGGAAGCACCUUGAGUCUCUUGACCUGACUGAUGAAAAGAAGGUGCUGGAGUGGGCGCAAGAGAAGAGGAAGCUCAGUGUCCUGCACAUCCACGGCGUCUACACCAACCCCAGCGGCAUCGUCCUGCACCCAGCCGGAUACCAGAACGUGCUGCGCAACACCGAGGUCAUGCGAGAGAUUCAGAAGCUGUAUGAAAAUAAGUCCUUCCUCUUCUUGGGCUGUGGUUGGACAGUUGAUGACACCACGUUUCAGGCCCUGUUUUUAGAGGCUGUCAAGCACAAGUCAGACCUGGAGCAUUUCAUGCUGGUGCGGAGAGGGGAUGUGGAUGAGUUCAAGAAGCUCCGUGAGAACAUGCUGGACAAAGGGAUCAAAGUGAUUUCCUAUGGAGACGAAUACGCUGACUUGCCCGAGUACUUUGAGCGGCUGACAAGUGAGAUUGCCAUGCGGGGCCGCACAGGUGUGCCCAAGGAGGGGCAGCAGCUGAACGGCUCUGCCACUGCCCACGCUGAGGUAAAAGCCUUUGCUUCCACACAGGAUGCAGCCCCUGAGCCUCAGCCCUGCCCAGGCCCUGAGCUGUGGCAGGGACUCCUGGGACAGGCCCAGGCCAGGCCAGCAGCCCUCACGGAGGCCGGAGCCCACCAGUGUCCACUGCUGUCCAGCACCGAGCCAGGAGCCUUCCGGCAGGGACGAGGCCAGGACAGAGCCACCACGGAUGAACACCUGUCCUGACACAGUAAUUGUGGUUUUACUGGGGCUGCAUGUGCCUGCGGAGCGCGGUAUCCCCGAGGGAGCUGCAGCCUCCUCUAACUUCAUACCUAGUGCUUUUAUAUUCUGUAUUUCAAUUAAAAAUGAAACUUGAGCUUUUUUUUUUACUGGAAGCUCUAGUUUUCUAGUCCUGUCUUUUUACUGUACAGUAUUUUGUAUGUUGAAGUUGUAUUAAAGGCCUGUUCACUGAA